GGAGCGGCUAAUGGCGGCGUCACAGAACGCCGAGAGCGAACGUCGUUAACGGUCAAAGGGAGGGAGGGACGCGCGCGCGGGCUCGCAGAGCCCAGCCCAGCCCAGCCCCGGGCGGGAGCGCCGGUCAGCGGCAAUGCCGGCCGCCCUCCACAGGUAAGCUAAUGAUGUGGGGCAGCAAAUCUAAUGAGGCAUCUCCACGAAACCAGGAACAAAUGCAGAGCCGGGAUACAAAGCGAGAUGUGGCCUCAGCAUGGGAUACAGUCCACCAGACUAAAGCUGCUUUACGACACAUAGAGAACAGAUUGGAAGCUGUUCCUACCAGUACUGCUGUCUUGGAUACUGUAAUGGACACCAAGAAAUCCUUGGGCAGUGCUACCAGAAAAGUCAGUAGGAAGGAUGGAAGGUACGUGGAAGACUCUGUGGGGAGUACUUCAGCUGGCAAGUCCAAUAGUCGCAAUAAAUUGCGAAAGGACAAAAUGUCUCGGAGCCCCUUGAGAUCUACAACCUUGGAAAGCAAUAUUAAGAAGAGCAAUCAAGUAGAAUUCAGGGACCCUUUGGCUUCAUAUAGAUAUGUUGAGAAGGAAUUGGAUGACAGUAUCCCAUCCUAUCUGACUGCUAGCCAGCUGGAAGCACAGCGCCUCCUUUCCAAUUUGACCUCGAGUGAAGCCCAUGAGACGGAGAGUGAAACUCACCAGAUGAUAUAUGGGCGAGACAACCGGAGUUACCACUGUUUGGAUAAUGAUAGCACACGAUCAUCUGUGGUAGAUGAUACUGUGGUGAAAUUUCUCAAUGACCAGUUAGCACUUGAUGCCUUGCACAACUCUGCACUUUAUAAAACUCUGAGCCACGAUGCACUGGGACAGAUGGGUGAUGGCAUCAAAGGCUUCCACACUAAGGCAGUGAGCUAUGAUGUGAAUGCAAAGAAUGAACGACCUUCAGAGCAGUCUCAGCUGUCCUCCCCGAGUUCCACAUCUGAAUCAAUGAUGCAGAGACUAGAGAUUAUGCGCAGGAAGCAACAUGAUGACAAACUUGAGAAACUGAAGGAGCGGAUUAGGAAGCAACGGGGGCAUUCAGAAGAAUCUAUCGAGAAGGACCGGCAUCUAAACUUCCACGAAUUGCCUGCUGCGCUUGGUGUAGGUACUGCAGUUCCAACAGCCAAAGUGAGAAAGAUUGCUAUAGCACCACCAGCUCCAUCCUAUAAAGGUUUCAAUCCCACAGAAACAAAAAUUCGGACUCCUGAUGGCAAAGUAUGGUGUGAAGACGAAAUACACAAUAUGAGUAAGGAUCUGUACCGGGAGUUCACACUCCAGUUGGCAGACAGUAGUAAGACGAAGGAAGCUGCAUGUGAAAAAGCCAGAGAGAAGAAAACCGUUAAACCUGUGCGUAAGGUACAGAAAAUGACUCGAUCACCGAGUCCUGACACCAAACCAAGUGCGCAUGUUAUCAGCACAGCUUCAUGGCGUGAAGGCCAGAAACUAGUAAAAAUGGUUCUGGGACCUGCACCAAAGACAAUAAAUGAAAAUAAGGUGGACACUGAUUCGAAAGUCAGGAGAGAUAGGAAUGCCACACCUAUAAAUGCUGUGAGAGUGGACCCUGAGCAUGGGCUCGAAGCUUCCAGAAAAUCGAGACCAGCAAGUUGUGAAUCCCGCUCAGCCAAGCAGCCUUUGGGGGAUGAAUGGAGAAAGGAAGAGGGCCAAGACAAGCUUGAAGUGCUGAAUACACAUGUGCUGCCGGCUGAAGUUAGAGAGAUACUUGAUGACCUUCAGCUUGAGGAAGCUCGGAAAGAUUCAGCAGAUUUAGAAAGUGGCAAACGGACUACAGAAGGCCGUGCUUUCUCCAGAAGUGUGAGCCCAACUAAGCGAAAGCAAGAGAAGUCUAGCAUGAGCACUGAAAUGCAGCUGAAGCGAUUGAGACAUUAUGAUGCAGAGGAGGUAAGGCAAUUUAUUGCCAGGCAACAAACAGAAAGGAAAAAGAGGCAGACAGAAGAGAAGAAAGCUCAGAAGGAAGCAAUGGAACAAAAGAACAAACGACUGCAAGAGCUCUAUAGGAAACAAAAAGAAGCCUUUUCAAAGUCCAGGCCAGAACCCGUAUGCCAAAAAUAUUUACAGGAGACUUUUACAAAAUGUGUAACUGAGCUAGCUAAAUUUAAUGAGCCACCUCCCAACCAAUCAGUACCAGAGGAGAAACAGCCAAAGACCAUCUAUCAGCCUUCAGGAGAAUCUGACAAAGAGAAUAAAGGACAGGAUCGUCCCCUCAGUGCCUCUUCGAGUAGUGACAUGUCUCUCUCUGAGUCUCGGCAGGCUCCAGGCCGGCGUGAACAUUUGGAGCUUUCCUGGAUACCCUCUCAACAGGUCAAUUCAACAGCCCAUGCUGCUCAUCCUUCCACUGAGGGUAAUCUCUUCUCCCACCUGCUAAACCUGGAACCCCGAAGUAUGUUUUCCAGUGAUUAUGAGACAAUAGCAAAGAAGAAGGAUGCUGCACCAAAAGGACAGGCACCUUCUCUCCUGUGCUCACACUCUGGUUUCCCAUCAUAUGAUCAUACAGCAGCUGGGCCAAAGGCUGCAGUACCAUACAAAAGCAAAAUCGACCGCAUUGAAGCGCUCAAAGCAACAGCAGCCUCCCUGUCCAACAGGAUCGAAAAUGAAGCGAAAAAGCUGGCAGGUGCUGGCAUCAACUAUGGCAUAAUGCAGGACUCUGAACACGAUGUCCUGCAGACCACUUGGGAUGACAGGCACUGGUCGAAGCUUGCCAGCCCACCUGUUCGUGAUGGUGGUGGUGACGAUGCCUCAUCCAGAAUUUGGAGAAUUCAAGGACCCAACAUGGGCCACACUGCCUUUGUAGAUCAACUGCCAGGGGCUGGCAAUUUGUAUGAGUGCAAAAAGCUUAGUGAGGUGCCACAGAGUGACAACUUUUCAGCGAAGAGGCCUGAAAAGUGCCAUGAGGUCAGCUGGGAAAAUGCAUACAAGAGGUCACUUGAGGCACUGGAGCAAAACCUACAAAAACUCGGUCAGGAUAGGAAACAGUUUGAUUCCCCCAAUUCCAGCGGGGGCUCAAUCAGUGAAGGGCCAUUACUGAGUGAAGGAAGUCUCUCAGAAGAGGAUUGUCAGCCAAGUUCCAGAGACCCAACUAAAUUAACACAAAGGUUAAAAAACAAGGAUUUUUGUGCAGAAGUGUCAAAUCCUUCCCAGCCUGUUGCAGAGUUCCAGAAAGAAGCAGAGAGGUACCAGCCACUUCAAUUGCAAUUGGAAGGACACAAGAGCAAAGCUCCCUGGGAAGAGCUAGCCAAGGGAAGCCCUCACAGUGUGAUUAACAUCUUUACAAAGACCUACCAGUUCUGUGGGAGAGGAGGUUUAGAGGAACAGUCCGAUAAAGGUUCCCCAACACUGCAACCUCUGGUAUCUGCAACGAGACCUGAAGAAGUUGAUGUAUAUGAAGAUGAUUUCCUUUCCUCUCAAAGCAGCACAGGUGUAAGCAGGAGGUUACCUUCAUACCAAAGUUGUACCAGCAGUCCUUCCAGUGUCUGUGAGGAGCUUCCCAGCAAAAGAUCUCGAGUUAGACGGCCUGAGGAGGUGUCCCCUCGUUCUCCAGUGCACCGUUCCACACCCUCCUCCCGAUCAUCCAGUUCUUCAAGAAAGAAAAUGAAAAUAGAUGGUACAGAUGUUGCUGGAAGUGUGCCACAUUCUCCUGUGGAUAACACCACAUGGGCAUCUGCAAGUAUUUCAGAUCAAGUCUCUACUGAAGGAAGGAUACUGGGCCUCGGGCAAAGUGUUGUCAGUGAUCCUGAGCAAGUGAAAGACUUGAAUGACACAACAGAAGAAACUCCCAUUGUAUCUCCUGUCAGUGUCCAGGUAGAGACCUUGAAGCCCAAGAAAGCUGUAAGUUCCUCGUCCUUACGAUCUGCCACCAGUACUGUAUCCCAGAAGCCUUUGCCGAAUGACACAACGACUGCAGCAGGAGAUGGGACAAAACAAAUUGUCACUGCAGACUACGCACCUUCAUCUUCCUACAGGACGCACUUUCCUGACAACAAUAUGGCUGGAGUCAGACCAGUCUCAUCCUCAGCUGCAGCCCCCAUGUUCAGUUCCCCAUUAGCUCUCCAUCAUCGCAUGAGUGCGGAACUUGCUUAUUUGGAUGCAAUAGAGGACUCUGUCCGUCAGCUCACGGAGGUGGAGAAGAUCCGGGGAAUUGCACUCGCUCAACAGGAGAGUGUGUCUCUGGCUCAGAUCCUGAAGGCUCAGCAACAGAGGCAUGAGCAUGACUUCGCCCUGCUGAAGCUAAAGACUGAACAGGAAACGGUGGCAAGUCAGAAACAACUAGAGGAGACCAGACAGAAAACAGCACAGGCACAUGCAGAGAGCUUGCUGCAGUUUGCACAGACACGCCAAGAGAUGCUGCAAGAGUCUACAAAUAGAAUGAUGGUUCAACAAGUGGAAGCUGCUAAGCUGACUGUGGACACAGCACGCCAGAUCAAAGAGAUGACUGAGCUGGCAUAUGUGCAGAUUGCAACAGGAUCCCCAACUGCUGUGACUACCAACCUAUCACAUGGAGCCGUCACCGCACCUGUGCCAAUGCUGUUGGACCAACAAAGGCAACAACAUUCAGAAUUUAUGAAGCAAAUGCAAGCCAAGACUGAAUCGGAAGGCAGAAGGAGUGAUACUCGCCCAUCAUCUGUUGGCCCUAUGGAGAAAUCGCAUGAUUCUAAAAUUCACUAUUCAGCUUCAUUAGAUAGCCUGUCUGAUUCAUCCAGAUACAAACAGCAUGAUAAAAGUAGCGGUGGCAGCAGUCGGCAAGAUAGUCCUUCGUUUCCUUCUGAGAAGGGAGCAGAGAGCAGGACUUCCCAUGGUGAGAAAGGAGGUAGUUCAAUUGAAGAGGAGGUGCACACAGCAGCUGAUGACUCAAUACAAAGUGGCAGUGUGCGUUCAUUCCCCGACGAUAAAGAUUCUGCCUCCAUUGCCACUGAGUACUCUUUGAAGUUUGAUGAAUCAAUGACUGAAGAUGAAAUUGAAGAGAAAUCUUUCCGCUCACUACUGCCAUCCGAAAGCCACCGUCGCUUUAACAUGGAGCGCAAACGCAGUCGGCAGGAUGAUUCAGAUGAAGAAACCGCCAGAGACCAGUCGGCAUUGACAGCUGUCAAACAUGAUUUAAGUAUGCCCUUCUCUGGGGGCCAGGACAGUUUCUCCAAAUUCACUAUGGAGAUGGUGAGACAAUACAUGAAAGAGGAAGAGAUGCGUGCCCAACACCAAGUGUCACUCCUCAAGUUGCGAGAACGAGCCUUGAAGGAAAAGACAAAAGCAGAACUUGCUUGGCUGGAACAUCAGAAGAAGCGUCUGAGAGACAAAGGGGAAGAUGAUAAAAUGCCGCCAAUCCGUAAGCGACAGCGUGGACUACUACUCAGGCUGCAGCAGGAGCAGGCUGAAAUCAAGCGUCUGCAAGAAGCCACCAGGGCAGCUCGCAAGGAAAGGCAACUGAUCCUAAAACAGCAGGAGGAGAUUCAGCGUUUGCGCCACACCACCAUCAAGAUACAGGAGAAGCUUAAAUCAGCUGGCGAGAGCAAGCUGGAGCUGCGGAACACAGAACACGUUGAGGAAGUGAAUGAUUCCAAAGCGAACCGCGCUUCCAGCCCCUUGCAGACUGAUGUGGAGACGCGGAGUCCUUCCCCCAUUUCUAUCUCGGGCAGUGAAACCAGCAGCAUCAUGCAAAAACUGAAGAAGAUGCGCAGUCACAUGGAUGAAAAACACUGCUCUCCUGUCCACUACUUCUUCUCUGUCUUUACGUCUCACCACUGGGCCUCUCUCAGUGUCUGUUUUCCCAAUCUGCAUCCCAAAUUCCAGCUGUACAUCUACAACCAGCUGGUCAGAUUCCUUACCAAGCGAGAGCAAAAACUGAUGCAUCGGCGGCGGCAUGCAGAGGAGCUGCUUGAGUGGAAAAGAAGGCUUGAUGCCGAGGAAGCUGAAAUCCGGCGGAUGGAAAAGCUGGCCUUGGCUGCGUGGAACAAGGAGCUUAAACCAAAGGCUACAAAGAGAGAAGCAAAUGAAAGAAGUCCAGGGUCUAAAGACACAGCCAGUGAGGACGAAUGCUCAGCACCAUCUCCAUCGCGUCUCCACAGUGACAGUUCAAUUCCGUAUGAAGUUGGAAGCCCACCUGCACAGACUGUGGAGUCAGCAUCAGCAGUCCUCAGAACAUCCACCAGCCCCGAGCAUAGUGUUUUCACAGAUGAUGGUUAUUCCCACGACUUUGAAUCUGUUGCAGCACAGAGCAAACAGUCUGCUCCCUCAAAAACGAGUGUCAGUGCAUCAAAGCAGGAUGGUAAGAAGAGCAACUCCAGUCUUAGUUUACAGAUCAGGUCUGAAGUCAAAUCACGUCAAGCGUCUUGCAGCUGGUCUGAUGAAUCUGUUUCCAUGACACAAUCAGAAACAGCAUCAGACCAAAGUGAUAUAGAGGGCAGGAUUCAUGCACUAAAGGAUGAGCUUAGGAAGCGCAAAUCCAUUGUAGACAAGCUGAAGAAAGAACAGAAGAAACGUCAGAAGGAGAGAUUGAAAGCACAGGAGGCCAGUCUCAUUAAACAACUAGAGUCCUAUGAUGAAUUUAUUAAGAAGACCCAAGCUGAACUAAGCAAAGAUUUGUCCAGUUCAACCAAACCACAAAUCAAAACCCCAUCCUCUAUUGCUGCUGAGAAGCCCAAGAUUAAACCUCUCUCUCUACAAAGGACUGAAUCUGCAAAGAGCUGGAAAUCCCUUACCGAGGGUGAACGAUCCAAAGUGUCAGUGGGCUCCAUUGUUAAACAGGAGCAAAGACUAUUAAGUCCAGAUGGACAUAAAUCCAGCAGCCUCGAAGAACUUCACGCAUCAGACAAAAGCAAGUCCUUAUUCUUCGAUAGUCGACCAGAUGAUUCUUCUCAAAGUGCUUCAUCGAUUUCCAUAUCCCAAAAGAGAUCUCAGCUGGAUAAUGUACCAGUAUUAUUUGUGCAUCAAAAGAGGGAAGCUGAAUUUAGCCACUUGCCAGACCAGACUGUCAUUCGGUCAGAGGGUGGGUCUGGUGAAGAAACUGUUGUGUCCAAUCAUCCUUCAUUGCAGGAUGAUGUUCAGGAAGAACUUGAAAAUAUGAAAUUAGCAGAAUUUGAAAAAGACGUCUUCCUUGCACUUUCUCAACAAACUGAUAAAUCUGCCCCUCUGCUGAAACUGGAUGAUAAGAAACCACAGCCGUUCUGCAUCUCUGAGUUCAUUCAAAAAUUGGCUCAGGAAAAAGAUCUUUCUAAGGAUGCAAAGCAACCUUUUCAAGUUGAGCAGAACCUUGAGGAUUUGAAGGAUGAAAAAUUGUAUAAGGAAGACUACUCUGAUAGGGAGGAUGAGACAAGUGAUGAUUUAGCUAAUUCCUUGAAAUUUAUAAAAUCAAUUAAAUCUGAUAUUCAUGAUGAAUCUGCAAAAUCCGACCGUGGGGUUUUGGAUAAAACAUUAUCAAAGAAUGAUUCCCGUCCACAAGAAUUAGACUGCCUUUCCCCAGGAAAAGAAGCUAUUUAUUCAGAAGACUUAGAGUCAUCAAGAAAAAGGACAACUGAAGAUUUGAGUGAAAAUUCUCACAUUGGAAGUUCUAGAGAUGAUAUUGAAUCUGCAGUUAUCCUUACAUCAAGGAAUGAGAUUACUCACAAUGAAAAUGUCAUUGAGCUUCAGGUGCUGUCUUAUCUUGACCAUUCCAAGCAAAAAGAAGGGGAUGGAAGAGCAGAGCAUUCUCAAAGUGCUUCACCAAUUAUCAGCACAGAUGAUGAAAUCAGUGAACAUCUAAGUGAAAAAUCCUUUUCAAGUUGUGGUAGUGGACAUUCAGAAAAACUUUUGGAUUUGAAGUCAGGAAUUCAGAGCAGAAAUGUAGAGCACAGUGAUGCAGAAACGGAGGUACAAACACCUGUGCCAUCACGCACUCCUUCUCCUUGUCACACUCCUACACCUACAUCACAUGAAAUUGAUGAAUUGUCUGAAUUCCAAAUUGGUGAUAGAGUUUUGGUUAGUAGCAUCCAACCAGGCACACUAUGCUUUAAGGGAAGAACUCAUUUUGCAGAUGGUUUUUGGGCUGGUGUAGAGCUAGAUGUGCCAGAAGGUAGUGGUAAUGGGACGUAUGAUGGAGUUGUAUACUUCAAAUGCAAGGACAAGUGUGGCAUUUUCGCACCCCCCAACAAGAUAUCUGUGCUACUGAAGUGUUACAGUGAAAGCAUCAAUACAGAUGAAAUUAAAGAAGGCCUGUUGUUGGAGGAUGUAUUAGAUCAUGAUUGCAAACACAGUGAGGAAGAGGGAAGGCCCUUGCUCCAAGAAGCAUUAAAGCAGCAGGAAUAUGUAUUUUAUCCUGAUAAAACCACUACUGACCAAGUUGAUCUUAAGAUGACUCAAUCUGUAAAUAUCUUAAGUGACCAAGUUACAAGCCAUAAUUUUCCAGAGUCUAAUGCCAUUAAUUUGAUUCUUAAUAUCAGUGAAUCUAUCAAAGCAGGAGAUUCUCUUGUAGACCGGAAUUUGGAGAGUCUGUCCAAAUUGGGCAAGGAGGAACAACAACCUAAUUUCAAAGAUCAAGACAAAGAAGAGUCCAUUACAGCUGAUGUAUCCAUCAAGAAAUCAUCCCAAACUGUACUGGAAAAGGAUACUGAUAUAGUCACUGACUUCUAUGUGCAUUCUUCCAGUGAAACAAAAGGGGAGUUAUCGCCUAUCCAUGAAAAGCCUUCCACUCCUCUCUUGGAUUUGUUGAACAAGGAAAAGGAGCAACUUGAAGCACAGCUAAGAGUACCAAGCCUCCAUUCUGAAUCUGAAGAAAUAUAUGUCAGUGAAGGGUUGAUAGUAGAGGAAUCAAAGACCAUUCUUCAGGAUAAUGAAGACUUUAAAGAAAUAGAACAGAAGGACAAAGAGAGAAAAGCUAGCUCUUUGACGGCUGAUAUCCUGUCAUCUUUUCUGAAAGAUGCAGUCAAACAAUUGCAGCAAAUCAAAAAGGUUCGAGAUGAAAAGAUCCAAGUUACUAAUCAAGAGUUAUGGUGCACAUCAGCUGAAGAAUCUUCACCGAGAUCAUCUCCCAAGUAUCUGGAGGUACAAAAUGUAACUGGUGUUCAAUUACACACUGCUGAAACAGAUGAUAACGAUGAAGAUAAGGAAGAAAUAUUAUCUCCAGAUCUUUGUCCUAGACCUGGCAGCCCAGUGUUUGGCACGAGUGGGCAAGAAGAAUUGACCAAGCGCCUUGCGGAGCUUGAAUUGAGUCGCGAGCUGCUGGAUGACCUGGGAGAUGAGCAGGACUGGUUUGAAGAAGACUUUGGACUAAGCUCUCGCAAAGUGCAGCAGCCAGGGCCAGAACUGGAACCACAGUUAACCAAGGCUGUGGCUCUGAAAGUCCAUGAAGAACAACAUUUAUCUGUACCUCAUGAUGCACUGGAGGUCGAGAAGUUGGUCCAUGCAGCUGCUGAAGAACUUUGGAAGUGGCAAGAGCUGGCACACGAUCUGUGGGAUUUUCAGUUGCCCCAGGAUUAUUUUGGGAAUAACAAAGGCCAAGAUGUAGAGAGUGUCAGUAGAAGAGUUUAUUGUGAGGCUGUAUUUAAUCUAACAAGAGAGAUUUUCAGCGAGAUUUUUGCAGAAGACCCCAAUGUCAGGCAGCCCCCAUGGAUGAAAUCCAGCAGAAACAGCUCUACUUAUUUCAGGCGAGUGAAGAAUCCGCAGGAUAUCAGUGAAGUAAAGACUUUCAUUUCCAAUGAAGUCCUGAAGUUGUUUGGGAUCAGUAAAGAACAAGACCACAAGACCGACUGGCAAAAAAUGAUGAAAUUUGGCAGGAAGAAACGGGACAGAGUUGAUCACAUUCUGGUCCAGGAGCUUCAUGAGGAAGAAGCUCAAUGGGUCAAUUACGACGAGGAUGAGCUGUGUGUGAAGAUGCAGUUGGCAGAUGGGAUUUUUGAUGCCCUGAUAAAAGACACAAUAAACGUACUAAAUCAGAUUCACGAGAAACGGUCAAAGCUCACUCCAUCCUAACUCCGGCUCUACCAUCACCAAACUGGACAACAGAAGGAACUCUGGCCUGACUGUUCUUGAGCAAGUCAAAAAGCUCCGAACCAUCACAUCCAUUGGGUUGUCACCUGGCAUGUUGAUUCUUGAAUGAGUCAAUGGUUUUUGAUACUAACCACAUUCUGAAAUAGGCAGCAUGUGGAAGCCACAAGUGCCAAUUUUACCUUCUCGUUUAUAUCUAUUAUCCCAUUUAUUUAUCUAAACUAUAGCAUACUUUUGAAUCAGAGAUUUGCACAUUAAUUUUGUGAUUAUGCCUGUGUUUACUUUUUAAAAGAAUGUGAUUGUGUAUCUUGAGGUGCUAUGGUAUCAGUGUUUGGUAUUUUGCUCGCUCUGAGAGUUGAAUGACUGAUAGAUACCAUGCAUUGAGGAUAAAUGUGAUCUCUGGGUUAGAAAUGUAUCUGCAUGAUUGAAGUGGAGGCCAAAAAGAUUGUUUGACAUAGAAAAAUGCUUCCUUAACUUUUGUUUUUAAAUUAUUUUAGAAGGAAGAACAGUGUUUUAUUCAAUUAAAUGGGCUCUAUUGAGAUUAUUUUACGAGAAUUGUUGCACACUAAGUUGACAUUUGCGAUCACGUUUCGAAUCAGGAGCUGUUUUAAAAGUAAGAUCAAUAAUUUGGGUCACAACAACUUGGUGACUUGAAGUCAGUCAGUACAGUGUUUGUUCUUUGCACUCAUUCGUAUGCUGCACUCCAAGGUAAACCGUGUGCCUGAAGAAAGAUUCCUUGGCAGAGGGAAGGAAGUGGUUUAAAAACCCUUUAAGAGAUUUAAAGUUGUUUGGUGAUAACUAAACAAUAUACAACACUGCUGCUCCCUCAGGUGGGAAUUGCUCUUUUCUGUCACCUUCACUAGGUGCUGCUCCUAUCCAAGUACUUGCACUCUAAUGUUCUGCAAAUAUAUCUGGUCAAGUUUUCAAACACCAAUACUACUUCUGCCAUCUCUUGGCUGCUCGGAUCUUCUUGUGACAGUGCUGUAUUUCAAGAAGUUGCCUGUCAAAGUAGAUGCAAGAUCUCAGAUUCGCUUUCUUGAGAAACACAAGACUGACCUCACUGAACCAAGAUUAAUCCUUGACUCUCUAUCACUGCACAUGACACAAUACGUUUUUAAUUGACUGAGUGGUCAGUUGCUUUCCAACUUGCACUCAGUUUCAACAUAGAGCUAACCUCUACCUUUGAUACCAAGUGCAAGAUGCUGAAUGCAUGGUUGAGAAAAUCACCAGUCUUGAUGAGGAGAGUGAUAUUUUUCAGCAAGGCUCUCGAGCUGAGAUGCUGGCUGACCUUUUUCCUUUUUCAGUGUCACAGCUGAUAUUGGUAUGUUGGAUAUUGGUAGUGCUGCUGCCUCAUGGUUCCUCUCACUCAGGUUCAAUUCUGAUCUUGUGUGCUGUCUGUGUGGAGAAUGCACAUUCUCACCAUGAUGCUGGGCUUCUCCCAGGUGCUCCAAUUUCCUCCCACAUCCCAAAGGCAUGUGUUGGUAGUUUAAUUGGCCUCUGUAAAUUGCCCCUGGUGUUUAUGUGUGGAGUAGAAUCUGGAGGGAGUUGAUUAGAAUAGGUUACAUGGAAUGAGUGUGGGUAUGGGAUUGACUAGAUGGACCAAGUGGCCUUCUAUGUUGAAGGGAAAGAUAGUAAUGUAGAAAUAGCCUGGGAAUGUGGCUGCUCUAACAUGACAGGUUGGGAAUGCAAUCUGAACAUUGUGGGUUGGUUCCACUUGGAGUAGGUAAACAAUGUUUCAGAUUGCUUUGAGGUUAGUUAUUGCGGAUGCAUAUUUUUCAAUGCUCAGUUAACAUCUUUGGUUGUCUCCUACUCUCUUUCCCCCUCUCUUGUAAUUAUCAGCGUACCAAAGGAGCUGGAGCAGCAUUGCAAACGUGCUUCUUACCAAACUGUUUGCUACUAAACAAAACCCCCAUGUUCACUGACUGCUGGAGUAACACAAUGCUGGUUCUGGUUGACAGUCCCUUCAGACAUGGGUUGAAAUGCAAACCACAGGAUUCAAGCCAAGAAUUGAUAAACACAACUUACUCAGUAGUUAGUUAGUGCUUUAAUCCUCAGCCUGUUCAGGGAUGUUAUGACCAGUUUAUCCAUAGGGCUCGAUUUUAAAAUAAUUGCCUUAGUUACUUGUACACUGUACAGGCUUUCUCAAGUAUAUAUGUGGCACAAGUUCUAGGCUGCUCGAUGACACAAUAAGAUAAUGAAACCUAUUUAUUAAGAACUUGAAGUUCAAAUGCUGCUGUGCUCAGUGCUGUUCCUUGUCUCCCAUUACAUUGUGCCCGGUCUCUUUCACUCUGCUGGGUAGACUAAUACAAGGGGACUUGCCUAAGUGUACUAUAUAGUGCAGAGCUACACAAAGGAGUACUUGACUGUGUAUUUGUAUAAUUGUGUGAAUGUGUGUAAAUACUGGUUGAGCAUUCCUCUCUGAGGCAAUUCCUUCCCUUUUGUAAUUUUAUGGGGAAGGGCUAAUGUGUGCAGUAUGGCAAUGUAAAAUAGGGUUUUCUGUGUAUACAUAACUAUAUAUAUAUUUGAUAACAAAUUGACUUAUUAAUACUUAAGAAUUUUGUAAAUAAAUCGUUAUUGAUUUCUAAGCA